CCAUAUCUCUCUUCCCUUCUUCCUUCCCCAAUCAAAAAUGAAUUUUUUUUUCCGCUCUUCCCUUUAUGUUUUUUUUUUUAAUUCCUUUAUUUUAUUUUAUUUUUUUCCAGAUUAGGGCUUGAAUUCUUGGAUUCGAUCGUAAUCCUGCAGCUCUCGAUCCUCACGCUAACUCCCAAUUUCAGGUCCCCUUCCUCUACUGGUCGAUUCCACUCGCAUUUCAGCUCCACCCCUUCAGUUCCCCAAACCCCCCACCCCCCCAACCCCUCACAUGGUGAGUUCCUCCACCGAGCUCAGGUCCUGCUCUGCUUUCCGUACGAUUGCUUCUCUGGGCAUGCAUUUCGGGCCCUUGACGGUUUCAGGAGAUUUCAUGCACGAAGUUGUUUCCUUGGGUUGACAAUUGGUUGCGAAAUUGGGAGUGAGGUUGGGUUUCAGUCAUGGAUUCUGCGCGGGAAUCCGGUGGAAUCGGGAGCUCGGUACAAGUCCCGAUGCGGUUCGUGUGGCCUUAUGGUGGCAGGAGUGUGUUUUUAUGGGGUUCCUUUAACAGAUGGUCUGAGCUUCAGCCAAUGACUCCAGUUGAGGGUUGCCCUACUGUGUUUCAAGCGAUUUGCAGCAUUCCGCCUGGAUACCAUCAGUACAAGUUCUUUGUUGAUGGAGAAUGGAAACAUGAUGAACACCAGCCUUACGCGACGAGUGAGUAUGGGAUUGUGAACACUAUCUUCUUGGCAACAACAGAGCAUAAUUAUGUUCCUGGGUCCUCAGUGGGUCCCGAAGUACCACCACCAGUAUCUAACAUGGAUGUAGAUAAUGAGGUCUUCCGACGUCUGGUUCGGAUAUCAGAUGGUACGCUGACUGAGACGGUCCCGAGGAUCUCGGAUGCUGAUCUAUUGCUCUCUCGUCACCGAGUUUCUGCAUUCUUGACUUCUCACACUGCUUAUGAGUUACUCCCAGAGUCGGGCAAGGUGGUUGCACUGGACAUUGAUUUGCCUGUAAAGCAAGCAUUCCAUAUCCUGUAUGAACAGGGAAUUCCCACAGCUCCUCUCUGGGACUUCCGCAAGGGGCAGUUUGUUGGAGUAUUAAGUGCAAUGGAUUUCAUUCUCAUCCUAAGAGAGCUUGGGAAUCAUGGCUCCAAUUUGACGGAGGAGGAGCUUGAAACGCACACAAUAGCCGCAUGGAAAGAGGGUAAAGCAUAUAUGAACAGGCAAAUUGAUGGGCAUGGGAGAGCAUUUUCUAGGCCUCUUGUUCAUGCCGGACCAUAUGAUAACUUGAAAGAUAUUGCUCUAAAGAUUUUACAAAAUGAUGUAGCAACAGUUCCAAUUAUCCAUUCAGUUUCAGAGGAUGGUUCUUUCCCGCAGCUAUUACAUAUGGCUUCACUCUCUGGAAUUCUACGAUGCAUUUGCAGGUACUUUAGACACUGUUCCAGUUCAUUGCCUGUGCUGCAGCAACCAAUUUAUGCAAUUCAGAUUGGAACAUGGGUUCCCAAGAUCGGGGAAUCAAACAGAUGGCCAUUAGCUAUCCUGAGACCUAGUGCUUCACUUAGUGCAGCAUUAAAUUUGUUGAUUCAAGCACAAGUUAGCUCAAUACCAAUAGUCGAUGACAAUGACUCCUUAUUGGACAUAUACUGUCGGAGUGAUAUAACAGCUCUGGCAAAGGACAAGGCUUAUACACACAUUAAUCUCAACGAAAUGACUAUACAUCAGGCUUUGCAGUUGGGUCAGGACUCCUACUCGCCGUACGAGCUGAGAAGUCAGAGAUGUCAGAUGUGUCUCCCUUCUGAUUCACUACAUAAAGUGAUGGAGCGAUUAGCAAUCUCAGGUGUCAGACAGUCAUUAUCGUGGAAGCUGGUAGCAAGCGAGUGGAAGGUGUUGUUUCUGUGAGCGACAUCUUCAGGUUCUUGCUCAGUUAGACAGAGACUGCUGGAAACUACAGCAAGAUAAAACAACAAAGACAUACUGUGCUUUUAAGUGAACUUGAAGUUGCCCGAAGGAAGCAAAAUCAGGUCGCGACUGCCCAGGGGGCUUCAAAUGCUUACCACGUUUGACCAUGGCAUGUCUUCUUAAGCUCCCUGAUUGGAUCGGCCGGCCUCUCGCCUGAGCCUGCCUUUUUCUCUUUCAAAUUAUUUGGCUGGAGAUUGCAAAGCCUUUGAAAAUUUUAGUGAAAUCAAGUUCUCUGUCUUGUCUGUCUCUAAAAUUUGUCCAGAAAUCUCCAACCCUUCCAAUGCUGUUGCUGCUGGUCUCCUCCACUCUGCUGCUAAGUUGUCUUUUUUAUUUUGUCCUGUGACACUGUAUUUUGUUAGGCUGGGAGCAAGGUAAAAGAAAGUUGAUAAAUUGUCAGAUUGUAGAGGGAAAAAGAGUGGAGAGGAGACAUUGAAUGAAUCAUUAAAAAAUGAUUAUACUAUGUUGAUCCUUCACUCUUUAUUCUGUGGAUGAUUGGUUUCGGGUUUGUCGAUACUCUAUUAUUUAAGAUGCUGGAGACCAACUUUAUUGUAUUCA